GUCGGUUGUACUCUUUGAACCGCAACCAUGCAGAUGCCGGAUAUGCCCGUAAAUGUCCCAGUCGACGACCCCAACGCCGACACGGAAUGGAACGAUAUUCUCCGCAAACAUGGCGUCAUUCCCGAGAAGCCUCCAUCGCCCACCCCCAUGAUCCAAGAAGCGCUCGAGCAGGCACGCGAACUGGCGCACGAGAACCGGUUAGAAGGCAAAGACCUGGACGAGCUCGCUGAACUCGAAGACGAAGAAGACGAAGACUUUCUCGACUCGUACCGCAAGAAGCGCAUGGCAGAGCUCUCGUCGAUAAACACGGCUUCCGUCUACAACCAAGUGUACCACUUGCAAAAACCCGACUACUCGCGUGAUGUGACCGAGGCUAGCAAGGACGCAUAUGUGCUGGUUCUGCUGACGAGCUCAACGGGCACAAACACAGAGAGUCGGAUCAUGAUUGAGCACUGGAGGGACUUGGCUAAGAGGUUCGGAGACGUCAAGUUUUGCCAGAUGAGGGCAGACCUGUGUAUCGAGGGAUAUCCGGAUAAGAACACGCCGACGGUUCUAGUCUACAAGGAUGGAGACAUCAAGAGGCAGAUUGUGACGCUGAUGCAAUUGGCUGGGCCGCGGACAAGUGCACAAGACCUAGAAAAAGUGCUGGUAGACGUCGGCGCAGUCAAGCUCGGGGACUCGCGUCUCCGGCGCAAGAAGGAAGACGAUGAAGACGAAAGUUCAAACAAGAUAAGAAAAGGCACCGCUACGGUCGAAGACGAUGACAGCGAUUGGGAUUGAGAAUGGUGCCACGGAGCCAAUUCCCCGGGCGAUUAGAUACAUGCAUGCAUGUAUACAUGCAAGCAUGCCGCACCCAGUCUCGGUUGGGCCAUUCGGAAUACUACUCUAGACAAAGAGAUAUGUUGCGAGGUACGGCUAUGCAGAUGCAAUGCAAAAAGAAAUAAAGAAAGCACUAGACACUAGAUCAUGUAUCUCCACUGAGCGGUGCGCAUGAAUGCCUGUUGGCCCUUUUGGGGCUUCUUAUUCUUCAGGCAGCCAAGCCCCCA